AUGGUUUCCAGAACAUACCCAAUACGUCAAAGCGCAGCUGAUGCUUUGCUUAUCCACGAGCCUGAUGAAAUUACUACUAUCGGAGUGAUUGGAGUAGGCUAUGUCGGGGAACACCUUAUGGAGGCUUUCUCCUCCUCAUUUCGGGUUAUUGGCUACGACGUGUCGGCUUCACGCAUAGACAGUCUACGCUUAAAGCAUAUCGAAUCCGACAAUAUGAAGUUCUCCAACGACGAGACUGAGCUCAAGAAUGCAUCUCACUUUCUGGUCUGCGUUCCGACGACUUUGGGUCUGCACGGCGACGUUGAUUCUUCGCAUGUUCGAAACGCGAUAAGCAUGCUCCGUCGAUAUGUGAGCGAUGGAUCUAUUGUAGUGAUCGAGAGUACCGUUGCGGUGGGUAUGACCAGGAAGCUUCUUGGACCGUUGGCUAGAUCCCGUGGUAUCUUCGCUGGGAUGUCACCAGAGAGAAUCGACCCUGGAAGAGUAGAACCACCCCCUAAAUCGAUUCCCAAGGUUGUUUCGGGACUUGACGAUAUUGUCCCAGGGUCUUUAGGAGCGAUUCAGCGAUUGUAUGGGACCGUCUUCGAUACCGUGGUGCCAGUCCGCAAACCCGAAGUAGCAGAGAUGUCGAAACUUUACGAAAACUGCCAAAGAACAAUCGCUAUAGCUUACGCCAAUGAAAUGGCAGACGCCUGCUAUGGGCUGGAUAUCGAUCCUUUUGAGGUAGCCCAUACAGCGGCCACCAAGCCAUUUGGAUAUCUGCCAAUGUACCCCUCACUGGGCAUCGGAGGACAUUGCAUUCCAGUCAACCCAAUCUACUUCAUGUCAACCUGCAACUUGCCACUGCUCCAACAGGCCCACCAACGGAUGAUGACACGGCCUUCUCGCAUCGCCAGCCAGCUCCUCACCCUGAUACUGGAGGAAACCCACCGAAAGAAGGAUGCAACUCACCGACCCAGCCUUCUUGUGGCUGGCGUCGGCUUCAAAGCUGGCCAGUCAGAUUUGUCUAACUCACCGGGCCUGCAACUCCUCAACUUUAUGCGUCACUCGGGCGAAUUGGAUCUAAUGUUUUGCGAUCCUUUAGUUAGCCAGAGUGCGAUACCUGAUGUACCGAGACUAGAAGAAAGUUGUUGGAAACAAGAAGUCUUGGGGACUUUUGACGCCAUUGUGGUGGCAGUGAGACAGCCUUCUCUAGAUUAUAACGUUUUGACAGAUCUGGCAGACGUGCGUGUUGAGAUCUGGCAACAAUGA